UUUUGAGAAUUUACCAUGGAGGUGCUCCCGCGCUUCUUCCACCCUCCUUUAUUUCCUUAAACAAACUGAAUAAAAGAAAAAGAAAAAUCAAGUGGAUGCUUGAGAUUUGGUUUCUAUAUAAUCUACCACAAACCCUUAAUCAAAAACCUCUUUCCCCUUCACCAUAUUCCUCUGUUUUUCUUUGGUUCUUUAUAUUUAGAGAUCUCCUCUGUUUCUUCUCUCUCCUCUGUUUCUCUCUUCCGUCAUCAAUAACAAAACUCAGACCGAGGAAAAACACUUUAAAACUGAAACUUUGAUGGUCGGAAACUAAUGACUCCGGUUCUCUGCGAAAUCUUGCUCUCUGGGCUCACGGUUAAAUCUGCUCUCCGCCGUAGAACCCAUCUCGUUCAAUCAUUCUCCGUCGUCUUCCUCUACUGGUUUUACAACGUUUCAUGAAUUGCUGAAAACCCUUAGGCCUGAAUUCUAAUCCUUAAAUUAAAUUAGUUUACAUCUUAUUAAUUAUUUUCAGAAUUCAGACAAUUUAAAAAAACCCACAAAAGAUUUGUCUUUUUUUAUUUUUUGUUCUUGUAAUUUUCUUUUUUAAACCUUUUUGCGACGGAGUAUAAUGGCGUCAUCAAUCAGUACGUACCGGAGCUCUAGCUCUUCCGACGGCGGUAAUCCGAACGCAGUCGCCGUGGACGAGCGAAAGCGUAAGAGAAUGUUAUCGAAUCGCGAGUCUGCUCGUAGAUCAAGGAUGCGUAAACAAAAACACAUCGACGAUCUAACGGCUCAGAUCAACCAGCUUUCAAGCGACAACCGUCAGAUCUUGACGAGCCUCACCGUCACAUCUCAGCUUCACAUGAAGAUCCAAGCCGAGAACUCUAUUCUAACGGCUCAGAUGGCAGAGCUGAGCUCUAGACUCGAGUCUUUAAACGAGAUCGUCGAUCUCGUGACGACGACGAACGGUGGAGGGUUCGGUGGCGGUGUCGAUCUGAUCGACGGCUGUGGAUUCGAUGAUCGUACGGUUGGGAUUAGUAGCGACGGAUACUACGAUGAUAUGAUAAACGGCGUCAAUCACUGGGGUGGUUCGGUUUAUUAUUCUAACCAGCCCAUCAUGGCUAAUGAUAUCAAUAUGUAUUAAAUUAAAAUUAAUUAUGAAACUAGUAUUAUUUCCCCCUUAUUAUUUUUAAGUUUAGCUUUUUAUGUUCUUGUGUUUGGUGUGGAGAUGUAAUAUUUGCAUAUGCAUCCUGAUUGGUUGGAAGGAUAAAUCUUAUAUAAAUGGGGCAUAUAGGCUGUCAUGUGUCAUGUAUUGUUGUGUGCUUUUUUGUUAAUUAAUAAUAUAAAUUUCUUAAACUUU